AAAUCUUGCAAUAUUGCUUCAUAUAUAUCACUGUUUUUGUUCUAUUAAGAAUUCAAAUGGGUCUAACUGAAGCAUGUUCCAAAUUCAUAGUUGAGUUUUUACAAGCAUUCAAAAACUCACCCCCAAGCUCAAUGCCUCAUCAUAAUCACCAUGAUCAAGAGAAUAUUCUCAAGCUCGACGAAAGGAUGGUUCGAGCUCUUGUUACCGUCUUUGGAAUGGAAACAAAUGGAAGAAUCAAGAAGGAAAAUGCUAGGCAAGUUGUGGAAAAGCUUGGUUUGAUCUAUGGUUGUGAUCAGAAGGAUAACAAGGUCUUUCAAGACGAUGAAGACGACGAUGAGGAUGAAGAAGUGGUUGUGGAAGAAGUGCUUGGUGAAUUGGAGGACAUGUCAAAGAGAAGUGAGUUGUUGCUUGAAGCUUUCAAAAUAUUUGAUGAGGAUGGUGAUGGAUAUAUAGAUGCAAUGGAGUUGAAGAGAGUGCUUGAUUGUUUGGGUUUGGAUAAAGGUUGGGACAUGAACACAAUUGAAAGGAUGGUUAAGGUUGUGGAUUUGAACUUUGAUGGAAAAGUUGAUUUUGGUGAGUUUGAAUUGAUGAUGGGAUAGUAUAGUACUAUCUAUCAUUUUGUUCAUUCAUUGAUUUUAGAAUAAUGUAAUAAUCAUUAUUGAGCUAUAAUUGUGUACUAUUAAAUAAAUCAAUAAUUUGAUUUUGAUGAGUUUCUAUAAGAAAAA